GAAACGGUGGUGCGGCGGGUGCAUCCUCGCGUCGACGAGGACGAAAGACGAAAGGUGCAGCCGGUUUUCUCAACAGCGGCGACGAAAUGGCAGCGGUAUCGUGCCGGGCGAUAUUCGUCGUGAGGUGGUGCGAGACGAGCCGCAUGCUAACCACCGCCACGACGAGGAGGUGCCGAAAGGAAACAUGGUGCAGACGAUGGUGGCACAUCUCUCAGAGGAGCGUUUCCCUCUCGGCCAGUUCCUACUCGCCAAAGUUAAAUCCGCUUCUGAUGAAGCAACUGAAAGAGCCUAAAGCCACGGAAAAGGAAGUGAAGAAAACUGCAAGAGUUACGUCGGCGGAAAAGGAGAUCGAGAGCGUUGGUUCGGAGGUCAUCGUGGCGUAUCACCGGGGACUUCCCAGGAUCACGGUGCCUCUUCCAUCCAGGAGGGAACGUUGCUCAUUCACCAUGAAGCCGAUAACGCACACGGUCGGCAAUCUUUUAGAUAUGCUGAAGACGGAGGAUCGUGGCAUCGAUCGAGCGUGCAUAACGUCGCUAGAUGGCACCAGGAUAGCUUCCAGUAACACGAUAGAGUCACUUUUAGAAGAGGAUUUCAAAUUAUUAAUAAACGAUAACGAAUACAUUGUCUCGCCGCCGUUACAAGAAAGGUGCACGACAGAGGAUUUGCAGAAACUCGGAGACGUACAAGCGCUCGUCGCACAGUUGUACGAGGCGUUCCACGUGCGGGAGUACAGCGUCGACAUGGAGAGAUCGGUCGUCGCCGAGUUGGAGGAUAUUAGACUACAGCUGGUACCCAUGGAACAGAAACUGCAAGAAAUACAGAAUGCCGCUUACAAGAAGGCGAAUUUUUUUAUCUGGACGUUCCUAAUUAUGAUGUCUAUCCAAUUUGGGGCGUUGGCCAGAUUAACCUGGUGGGAAUACUCGUGGGAUAUAAUGGAGCCCGUCACUUACUUCGUCACUUACGGCACUACUAUGAUGUGGUUUAUUUAUUACCUCGUUACUCGACAGGAAUACAUGCUGCCGGACGUAUUGAAUAGACGUCAUCUAAUAGUGCUUCAUAGAAGAGCGCGAAAGAUCGGUCUCGACAUCAACCUGUACAAUACGUUGAAGAAUCGCGCGUACGAGUUGGAGACCACGCUGAAAAUUAUUCGCGGCCCUUUACACGACUACAAGACUCAAAGGGAACGACAGAAACGCGCCAGAUCGAGUAGCUCCAGUAGCUCAAGAUCGCCGAGUUCCUCGCCUAGCCCUAGUCCUAGUCCCGAAAGAGACGUUCCUAGAGUUAUAUCCGACUCGAGCAUCCCGAGGAAGUAUGCCGAAGAGUAUAAAAUUUAAUUAAGGUGUUCAACGAAAUGGUGCGCAUGACGGAGCUCCGGAAUAUAACGGAGUCAACGAUUACCGAUUGCUUUUAAAAAUCGAUGUUAUCUUCUUCCAACGAAGUACAUCUCAGAAGAAAGACUUCCUCCCCUCCCCCCCUCUCGAGUAUGAAAGCGACGCACUCAGGGUAAUUUUCAAGUUCGCAAAGUCGAUGCUGAAUGAUCGAGAUUUGCGAGACUGAAAUGGAGAUAUAAUUUAUUUUUGUGUUUGUGUGCGUUUUAUGUGAAGGAACCCGCAUAGUGGUUAUCUCAGAUCUCGAGUCAGUCUUCCAAGUAGUAUCGGCGGCAACCAACUUUCGUCACGCGCAAUAUGCAUCUCAUAGGCGUUAAAGUGUCUCGCGGAUUAUCGAAUGCUCAAUGCUGUCGACGUUUGGAAGACGUUACAGAAAGAUAUAUAGGAGAGAAAGAGAGUACACCGAGCGUCAUAAAUAUUUUAACAGUCACUAGAUGAGCACCUCCAACUAGUCAAACUGCUGCGAAAAAUAACAUAUUUCACAAAGAAAAUUUUAUAAGGGUUUUAUAAUAAAAAAUACGUAUUUUAUUUGAGGUCUGACGAUCAAAACGAUCACGUAUGAUUGAGGUAUUACGAUCAAAAUUACGUCGAACGUUUUGUAUUUUGACGCUCUUUCCGAAAGUGUUCCUGAAAAACGCGUAUCUGGUAAAUGUUUAUGACACUUGCGUGUACGUGUACUAUUUUGAUUAACUCAUUGUUGCGUUUAGUGUAAUCGGAAAGUUACAUCCUGAGAGAUAUCAACGGAUUAUUGUUAUUUAUAGAUUACCUUAUCACUUUACCGAUCUUAGCACUAAUUCAACUGUUGUCUCUCUCAUGCUCGGCCGAAUUAUAUUAUAAUAAAUCUUGAAUGCUGUAAUUCGAAACAUGACAAAUCAUAGCUUUUGCGCACUGGUGCAGACUAAAAUACUAUUGAACUUAAAUGUAAAAAUAUAAGCGCCUUGACCGAUGAAAAUUUGGCAGAGAAUAUAUGUAUUCCAGAUAUAUCCCAUACCUGCUAUGCCGUCCGUUAAGAUAUUCCUGAGAUCAUUUUGAAACGAAAAUCCUAAUAUCAAAAUGCCAAGGUUCUAAUAAUUUUUAAAUAAGAAGUGUUCAAAGUUGACUAAUCGAAUUGCACAAUAUUUAUUUGCAACGUGACAAUUGCACUAUUCUCGAAAUAUGAUAUAAAAAAUGCGCUUGAAAACACCUUUUAAAUCACUACUGUGCAAUGUGACAUAAUUGAGCGCGCGAAUUUCUUUGGACAAUUUGAUUGGUCAACAUAAACAUUUGAACAUUUUUCAGUUAAAUCUAUUAUAGCCUCGACAUUUUAUCUCAGAAAUAUCAUUAAUGGAAUCAUUAAUGGAUGGUACGGCAUGUCUGAGACACCCUGUAUUGAAUAGAUUAGUAAGAUGUUUAGUGCAGAAUAUAUAUUUUAAAUAUGUAUUUUAAAUACGUUGUAUAUUUUUAACUAUAUAUUUAAUAUAAUAUAUUGAAACAUGUAUUAAAUAUAUAUUUAAAAUAUUUUGUGCAUCUCACUGAUCUAUUCGAUUAUGUAUUCGAUUAUGCAUUAUUCGAUUAUGCAUAUAUGCUUUUAUGUUAACUCGUGCACGGAAGUCUUUACUAUGCAUCAGUACGCAUCGAUACAUCCAAUCGAAUUCAAUUACAAGUCACAAAUAGUAGUUUAGAAAUUGACUCACAAGUAUUUGUUUUGUCAUUACGAUGCCUCGCGAAAACUGUAAGAUUCUACGAAACGGUAAAGUGUUAAGCCGUAUUAAAUGUAAAUCACAUUUACGAUUAUGUAUAUAGUAUAUAAAUUAAAUUAUGUACAUAAAACAAAAAGUAUUAGUAAGAAUUGUACAAUAUUAAAAAUUGCAAUUACCUACAACUGCAAAUCGCAAAUUAUAGGUUGCAAAAUAAAAGUAUGUAAUUUAGUUGUAUCUUUUAACAUUGCGAUUGUAUGAUUUAUAUUAAAAACUUCUAUAUACGUUUUAUAAAAUAAGCGAACACAAGAUUUUCAUCCUGAAAAUAUUAAAAAGAAUCGUUCUGAUAAUUGAAAACUGUAUGAAAUUCGACGCGUAUUUAAUGAAUUUACUAGUCAUUUUGCAUAAUCUUUUAAAACGAUGCUAUUGAUUGUUCGCAAAGUGAUAUUAUGAUAUACAUCGACGUAGACGUUAUUGUACAUACCUAUAUAGUUUUUCAUAAAUUCAACGAAAUUUCAUACGCCAUAACUUUCACACUAUCAUAAAUAUAGUAUCAAUACAUAACAUUAUUGUCCUUUCCCCCAUUGUUCUACAUUUGAAUUCUAUAUCGACAUAGAGAAGACUCCAUCCAAAGAGGAAAUGUUAGUGAUCUGAAGAUAUAGAAGGUAGAUUCUACAAUGCAUUCGUUUACUCGCUCUCGUUACCUCACGAUAUUAAUGCACCUUACAAAAAUAUUUAACGUUCCUUCAAAACUUUGAAAAAUUUCUAGUUCUUAAAUAAUCAAACUCUCUAUAUCAUAGAAAAUCGUCAAUAUAUGACCAGAGAAAUACAAAGCACCUACUAUUUAGCAUUAUUAAUUACUAGCUUUUAAUAGAGGCAACGUAAAUAAUGCUACUGUUACCAUUAUGCUUUUCUAGGCGGUUUUCACGAAAGUACCAUAAUGUAAGAAUUCAUAUGUAGAUCACAUUUUUAAACUAUGGGAACUUCUUCUCGCUUUCAUAAUUUAUCCGUCCGCUGAAGUAGUUGAAUCCAGCUGUGUUUUUCUUGUAUCAAUCUUAACAAUUUAAAAAGAAAAAGAUAAUUCAAUAGAUUCGUGUUCUAAUGACGGCUUGUGUUUUGAAUUAAUACAAGAUCUCUAUAAAUAAUCUAGCUCGCCAAGAUUUCAGCUAAAUUUGUAACUCUACAAUCUUUCAUCGAAAUAAGUUGAAAUAUAUUUAUUAGGAUUAAACUAUUCUGUGAGAACAUCUCUUAUCUCUUGCAAAAUCUUAUUUUUUGUUUCCAAAAAUAAUAUUUACGUAACGGCGUAUAUUAUUUAAAAAUUAUAUAUAUUAACAACAUAAAUAGGAAAAAAUACAUUAAUACCGUCUUUCUCUCGAACGUAGAUAAUACACGAUCCGAAAUUAGGAGCAUUAGAGAUAAAGUAAAAUUAUACUACUACUUACGUUAGAGGCCAACGCUUUUUACGAACAAGAAACGAACCAUAAGAAAACACAUUUACGUGUAGAGCCUUCUCAUCUUCUCCUUAAUAAGUUCAUCCCACUUCUCGUAUACGAAUUUACGUUUCAUACGAUGAGCUAAAGAUUUAUGAGUUGUAGCGGAUAAGAUGCAUAAUUAUCUAGACUCUAGACUAGAGUAACACGAAUGAAAGUAUCACUUUCCUAUCUCCGAUCGUCAACGCGCAGUUAUCUUCCUCAAAUAUUUUGUACUAUUCCUAGGGGAACAUUAUAUGUAUAGACGACUUUUGUACAUAUUAUAAAUAUAUUCGUAUAUACGUAUGUACACGCACAUGUACAUCACGCAAACGAUGUUCACGCACGCGUAAUUUUUGCGAGCGAUAUUGCCUUAGCGCAUCUUUCCCGCAAGCUUAUCGCCUAAUUCUCGAUUGAUCACAUACAUAAUCAAAGCUGGCUACUGUAUAAGACUAUACUGUACAUCUACGUACACGUACAAAAGAAUCACUCCUGGAACCUGAUCUGUAGAUGUUAAAGGAAAAGGAGAGAAUCUCUGUUUGUGAAACAUCCAUAGUAAUAUCGGCAAACCUCGAUGCCGAUCACUUCGCCUCGUUAGAUCGCGCAAAGAAACGAUCGAGCACCAAAUCUCAUUUCGCAGAAAUAUUCAUUCAUAGAUCAUUUUGCGAUCUAUAUUUUUUAUCGGUGUAUAUCGUUUUCACGUUCCGAAUCGUGCGAGAUUUGGGCGAAUUUAAUUUAAGGUCGGAUUUCGAGCGUAUAUAUAAAAUGAGAUUGUUAGAUCUGUAAAGUGUUGCGUUACCGCAGGCACAAAUUUUAUUUUUAAGCAUGCGAAUCUCGGGGAGAGUCACACUUUGUGUCACGUCGACAGUACGCCCGAUAACAAGCGCACCUACAAAUGUUUUUAUUUGUAUAACUCUUACGUAUACACACUGUCUACAGUCGAUACAUGAGUGUUUAUUCAAGCGGAGAUGUGCUGUGAUUUACGUCCAAUGUACUUACUUCCGUAUGAAGGAAGAGAAUCGGAAAUAAAAUAGGAAUACAAAUAUG